CCUUCUUCCAAGCGGCUGCCUCUACGUCGUGUUCGUCUUCACGUCCAUACUACAUCUCCCUCUGUCCUUCUUUCCCCCUUCCCUGAUCCACCCGCUGCAUUUCCACCAUGGCUUUCGCUGCCAACAAGCAUACCCUCAGUGGUGAUGAGCGCAACUACACCAUGAUGCAGGCAUUCGAGUGGUACACACCAGGAGGCGGUAAUCACUGGAAGUGGCUGGCAGAUAACGCACCACACUUCGCAGAUAUCGGUAUCACUGCCGUCUGGAUUCCUCCGCCGACGAAGGGAGCCUCAGAGGACAGCACGGGAUACGACAUCUACGAUCUGUGGGAUCUAGGAGAGUUCCCCAAGAAUCCCGAUGAGCCCGAGAAGAUCCGGACAAAGUACGGUACACGAAAGGAGCUCGAGGAGACAAUGGCCAAGCUGAGAGAGAAUGGCAUCGCCAUCUACAUCGAUGCAGUCCUCAACCACAAGAUGGGCGCAGACAAGCCAGAGACAUUCAAGGUGCAACCGGUAGCUGAGGAUAACCGAGAGCAGGAUGCCGGAGAGGCUCAUGACAUAGAAGGCUGGACGGGCUACACCUUCCCGGGUCGGAAAGGCAAGUACAGCGAAUUCCAAUACAAUUUCAACCACUUCACCGCCGUAGACUACGACAACAAGACGGGCGACAAGGGCAUCUUCCGUAUCUUGGGCAAGAACAAGCACUUUGCCGAGGACACCGACAAUGAGAAUGGCAACUACGACUUCCUCAUGGGAUCCGAUGUGGAUCAUGCUCACUCUGAAGUGAGAGAAGACAUGAUCAAGUGGGGUCAGUGGCUCGUCAGAACUUUCCCUAUCAGUGGAUUCCGAUUUGAUGCGAUCAAGCACUUCUCGAGCGCCUUCCUAAGGGACUUCAUCCAUGCUAUGCGAGAGGAGGCUAGGAAGGUCAGAGAGGAGCAAGGCAAGGAAAAGCUCGACGAGAGCGAGGGUCCCAUCUGCUUCUCUGUUGGCGAGUACUGGAAGGAUGAUGUGGACACCUGCCUCAAGUAUCUCGGCGACUUCGGAGACGAGCAGUUCAGUCUCUUCGAUGCUCCCCUGCACUAUAACUUUGUCGAGGCAGGCGAUGCCGGCAACGGGUACGAUCUGCGCAAGAUCUUCGACGGCUCCAUUGUGCAGAAGCGUCCCAUCGACGCCGUGACCCUAGUGGAGAACCACGACACGCAGCCUGGACAAUCUCUCGCCAGCCCAGUCAGCGCAACCUUCAAGCCCCUUGCCUAUGCCAUCACCCUAUUGCGUCAAGAUGGCUACCCUUGCAUCUUCCUUGGAGACCUGCAUGGCUGUCAUGCCGAUGGGGACGAGCAGCCCUCUGUGCCUCCCAUGUCUGACCUGUCCAAGUUCAUCAAGGCGCGCAAGCACUUUGCGUUCGGUGAACAGCGCGACUACUGGGACCACCCUACCACGGUCGGAUGGGUGCGAAUGGGAACAGAGCAGCACCCUGAUGGAUGCGCCGUCGUUCUGUGCGUGGGUGACGAGGAGGGCACCAAGCGUAUGGAGGUGGGCAAGGAGCAGGCAGGUAAAGUCUAUGUGGACGCUAUUGGCUGGAUGCCCGAUACAGAGGUGACUAUUGGCGAGGAUGGAUGGGCUGAAUUCAAGAGCCCUGCGCACAGCGUUGCGGUAUGGGUCAACAAGGAGGCCAAGCUCUUGCCAGAAGUGACAAAGUGAGGGGUCGCUUAGCCAGAGGCGAGUAGAGGGUGUAGAGAUGGUGCCGGUUCGAUUCCGUCUUGUGUAACUUCCCUUCAUGGAUCAGCCUGCUUAGAUUUACUUUGUGGAUUCGCAAUAGAUAGAUGUACCAUCUGGCG